AUGGUCAGAGGAAAUUCCACCUUACUGACUGAAUUUAUUCUCUUGGGAUUAACGGAUCGUCCAGAGCUUCAGCCCAUCUUUGUGUUGUUCCUGGUGAUCUACUUGAUCACUGCUGGAGGGAACCUUGAGAUGUUGGUAUGGAUCAGGGUAGGUUCAUGCCUCCACACCCCCAUGUAUUUCUUUCUUGCCAGUCUGUCAUGCUUGGAUUUGUGCUAUUCCACUAAUGUGACUCCCAAGAUGCUGCUGAACUUCUUAUCAGAGAAGAAAACCAUUUCCUAUGCUGCUUGUUUAGUCCAGUGUUAUUUUUUCAUUGCCAUGGCUAUUACUGAAUAUUACAUGCUAGCUGUAAUGGCUUAUGAUAGGUACAUGGUCCUCUGUAACCCUUUGCUUUACAGCGUCAAGGUGUCCAAAGGGGUCUGUAUUUUCCUGAUUGCUGGUCCAUAUGUCUAUGGGUUCCUUAGUGGCCUGAUGGAAACCAUGUGGACAAACCGCUUGACCUUCUGUGGCUCCAAUAUCAUUAAUCACUUCUAUUGAGCUGAUCCACCCCUCAUCCGACUCUCCUGCUCUGACACUGUCAUUAAGGAGACAUCCAUGUUUGUAGUAGCAGGAUUUAACCUCUCUAACUUCCUCCUCAUAAUCUUCAUCUCUUACGUCUUCAUUCUCAUUGCCAUCCUGAGGAUGCGUGCUGCUGAAGGCAGGCACAAAGCGUUUUCCACCUAUGGGUCUCAUCUGGUGACAGUGACUGUGUUUUAUGGGACCCUGUUCUGCCUGUAUGUUAGACCUCCCACAGACAGGUCAGUGGAGCAGUCCAAAGUCGUUGCUGUCUUCUACACUUUUGUAAGCCCUAUGUUGAACCCCAUCAUUUAUAGUCUGAUGAACAAGGAUGUGAAACAAGCUUUUUAGAAAUUGAUCAGAAGAAAUGUACUUUUGAAGUAA